AUGAUUAGUUCACCGUUUAUUGGAUCUCGUUUAUCUAAUAGAGGAUCUGGUGGGAUUAGUGUUAAUAAUUGUCCUGUCGAUGAGUUGGCUGAUGGAGGAGAUGAAGUGAUUGAAGAUCAUGGUGAAGGUAACAUCUUAUCUGUUCAUUACAGUACUCACCUUUUAGGGUUUGCUUAUUAUUCAACCAAAAGGAAUAGAUUUUUCCUUUUUGAAGAUCAAACUGAAGUGGCUGGUGAUUUGUCGGUAAUAGAUAAAGUUGUCCUACAAGUUGAACCUAAAAAAAUACUCAUCUCAACAAGACUUGACUCGAAGGUCAAGGAUCGUUUGAUGUUUGCAGUUAAACAAUUGAUUUUACCCGUUAAUGGAGAUUCAACUGGAUUAGGUGACAAUCGACAGCAGUCUCAAGACGGUCUAUUUGGAAGAGACUCGGCAAAUGAACGGGAAAGGGCUGGAUUCUUUGGUGGUGAUGAUGGAAAUGGGUCAAAAAGAGCUCGUAAUAUGGACUGUCGAGAAUCACCAUUUUCGGGAUCCAGAAGAUUAAGUAUGUUUGAAGAAUCAGAUGCUUAUAGUGAUGAUUUCGAUGAAUCUAUUGACUUGGAAGGAAUAAAUGAAUUUUCUGGAAUCAUUAUGACUCGUCAAGCGUCCGAUUUUCUGCCUGAUGAAGCCUGGGCUAAAGUCUUUCAACUGCAAGUAUCAGAUAUGCCGACAUUCUCUGACCCAAGACAAAAGUUAAUGUAUCUUUCAACGUUACUUGACUCUUCUCAAAAAAUAACAUUACUCGCUCUUGGUGCUCUCAUAAAGGAGAUUGAAAGUUCCAAUUUAAUCUCUGAUGGUGAUGGACAAAAGAUUAUUAUCAAUGGAAUAUCCACCGUCACUCUACAAGAUUUGAUCUAUCUUGAUUCACAAUCCAAAUUGGCUCUCCAAAUUUUUGCAAUUGAAAAUCAUCCUUCCGUCUACAAGCAGGGUAACUCACGUAAAGAAGGUUUAAGCCUUUUCGCCCUUUACAAUCGAUGUUCAACUCGAAUUGGAUCUCGUCAUUUGAAGAAGCUUUUUAAUCAGCCAACUAAAAAUGUACAAGAGCUCAAUGAAAGGCUUGAUAUGGUUCAAUUUUUCUUCGACACCCCGUCAAUAGCUGAUGGCAUAAAAAGCUGUUUGAAAGGAAUUCAAGAUCCUUCAUCAGUGAUUGAGAAAAUGCGCUAUGCUGAUUGUAAUGUCAACGAUUGGGCUAAAUUACUACGAACAGCCAAACUUACUCAGAGAGUUUAUGAGUAUUUAAGAAACAUCAAGAACAACUUUUCCAUUGCUUCAUAUUUUGUUGAUGUUUUUGACUCAAGUCGACUUUCAGACAUUAUCGAUCUGAUUGAUGCUGUAAUCGAUUUUCGUGAAUCCCGUGCAACUGGAAGAUUCGAGAUUAAUAGAAAAAUAGACAUGGAUCUUGAUGAAUUGAAAAAUCUUUUUGGAAAACUACCUGAUAUCAUGCACCAAUAUGGAAUGAAAGAAUUCUCUCGUUAUGUUGACAGAAUUCCUUCUUGUCAAAUCAUCUAUGCAACUCACCUUGGUUUUCAUUUGAAAGUUCCACUUAAUCCUGGACAAAUGUUUGAAAACAACUUUAAAAUUGCUGGACUAGAAUUUCGUUAUCGAGUUGGAGAAUCUGGUUUCUAUAAAUCACCAAUGACAAGAGAACUAGAUGAAACUUUUGGUGAUAUUCUUAUUGAAAUAACAGAGAAACAGCGUAAGCUACUUGUCCAGCUUCAACUCAAGGUCUUGAAUGGAAUCAGUGUUUUGGAUGAAUUGGCUCAUCUUUGUGCUCAAAUUGAUGCGUACAUCGCAAUAGCGGAGACAUCGAGAUGUUUCAAGUACAAGAGACCUGUUUUCAAUGACAAUGAUGAAAUAGAAGUUGAAGAAGGGCGGCAUCCUCUUCAAGAGAUAUUUGUCAACUCGUAUGUCGCAAACGAUAGCAAAACAGGAAAUCAACCUGGAAAGAUAAGAAUCAUAACUGGUCCAAAUGCAAGCGGUAAAAGUAUUCAUCUGAAACAAAUGGCUCUAAUCAUUUACAUGGCUCACAUUGGGAGCUUCGUGCCAGCAAAAUAUGCAAAUAUUUGCGUAAUGGAACGAAUUAUGACUCGAGUAAAAACAAUUGAGUCCAUUUCAACGGGCUUAUCAUCUUACGUCUUGGAUCUCAAACAAGCGGCACUUAUGACCCGAGAAAAAACUGAACGAUCUGUUUUCGUGAUUGAUGAGCUAGGAAAAGGAACUGAUCCAGUCAGUGGAAUUAGCCUACUUUCAGCUCUCAUUAAUUAUUUUUCUCAAGCUGAUCAUGUUCCUCAUGUAUUUCUGGCUACCCAUUUUCUCACCAUCAAUGAAUAUGUUAAAAACUCUUGUCAAAUCUCAUUCUGGACUCCAAAUGUUACAUUAGAAGGAGAUGAUGUUAAUUAUUCUUAUAAAUUGUCUCCUGGAAAAGCUUCAUCAAGUCAAGCUUCAUUAAUAAUCAAAGCCACUGGUUUAGCUGAUCUUUUAUUGAAACGAUCCGAAGAGAUAGAGGAACAAUUAAAAACCGGUGGUUCUAUUGUCUCUCGACCAACAGUUUCUUUGCAAAAAUAUGCUGAAAAGUUAAUUUCCAUUUCAGAUAAAUUCGAUUCCACUAAUUUUGAUUCACCUGAUUUUGACGGGUUAAAGUUUCUCAAAGAAAUAGUUUCACCAAUUCCACCCACAUUUCAACGACCAUUUCGACCUCCUAUUCAAACACCAAUCAAUUCUCCUUUUACAUCAUCAACCAAUUCACCUCGAUCAUCAAUACAUUCACCUUACUCAGCACUUAGAACUCCAUUUAAAUCAUAAAAAGAUUUAUUUUCAUUCCGAAUAUGUUAUUCGUUUUUUUUUGUUACAGCUCUCAUUUCAAUUAACCUUUGAGUUAAUUAAAAAAAUCAAUUUGUAUCCCAAUUUUAAAAAGUUAAAUUGAAAAAGCUAAAAGACAAAAAGCUUUUGAAAAUAUUUAUCGAAAUUCUAUUUUUUAUAAAUAAACGAUCCCUUCAACACGUGUUUCACAGUUGUGGGUUUUGUUUACUUCCAAAA